AUGAAUAGAGGCAACACCAGCAUCACCACCACAAAAUCAACACCAGCAAACACCAGAGUAUCGCGAUCAACACCAACACCACCAACCACCAACACCCUCAAAACACCAGGAGUAACGCAAUCAACACCGAGAAUAGAGCCAACACCACCAGCGCCACCACCAACACCCUCAAACGUAACGCGAUCACCGCCAAGAGCGGAAGCAACACCACCAACACCCUCAAACACCAGGCGUAACGCAAUCAACACCGAGAUAGAGCCAACACCACCAGCGCCACCACCAACACCCUCAAACGUAACGCGAUCACCGCCAAGAGCGGAAGCAACACCACCAACACCCUCAAACACCAGGCGUAACGCAAUCAACACCGAGAAUAGAGCCAACACCACCAGCGCCACCACCAACACCCUCAAACGUAACGCGAUCACCACCAAGAGCGGAAGCAACACCACCAACACCCUCAAACACCAGGCGUAA